UUAGGCAAGUCUACUUGGGUGUCUGGCAAAUGAAAGUGAAAUUAAAAGGCAUUUAACAGCCGUCGACAGAAGACGAGAUUUUGAAAUAUCCACGGCAAGAUGGCAAAUCAGUUUAAGGCUCAGGGAGCUGAGGCCAUUACACCCGAAUUGGCAAUGGAAUUAAGGCAACUGGUCUUUGGCACCUCGGCCAUACCCAUGCGAGCCGAAUGGACCCAGACUCCAUUUACAUUUGGUUCACCCAAGGAGGAAUAUGCCUAUGGCUUGCGUAGUCCACGCAAUGCCACCCGGGGACUUUUAUCGGUUGUCCAGGGAUUUGUGGUGAAGCAUUUACUCUUCGCCCGAAAGACCACAAGGGCAGCGGCAAUGGCAGAUCCCCUAUCCCCCACAGCAGACAUGCAAAGAGAUGCCUUGAUAUCGGCGUUAAUAGAAAUUUUGCGUAUUAUUGCCGAUAAAGAUAAAGUGGUAAUGGUGUUACCCUCACCCGACGAUGAAUGUUUCGUGGAUCAUAGUGCUUUGUAUUUUCAUGAUGGCGUCACGGAAAAGCUCUACAUUUUCACAUUGAAUCAAAAUGAGGAAUUGGAAUUUUUUAUCAAGAGGCAUUUUAAAGUUUUCACCGAAGAAGCUUCUCCAGGAACGUUGCUCUUCUUGUACAGUGCCGUAUUGACACGCACCAUGGGACGAGUUCGCAGUGACUUGGAUUCCACCAAGGUCGUACCGCUGACCAUGAGCAACAAUGAGGAGGGCUCAUUGAUGAUUGUAACCUUGCUGUUGACGGGAAGGGCCACACCCUACAUACACAAUGGGGUGGUAAAUGUGGGCGAUGAAAAUAGCUAUGCUGUUCCCCAAUAUGGUGUCCUCAAUCGCUGUGCCAUUGGCUUAAUGCUCUGGGAAGGUGAAAGUGGUCAAAGUAACCUUGUGGCCCGCCAGCCGGGCUCCCGUCUCAAAACACCCAACUACCCCAUAUGGAUAACCCUGUGCGCCGGCCAUUUUGGUGUUAUGUUCAAUCGCAAUCCAGAUUUACUAAGGAAUUAUCAUGCCGAAUCCCGUUUCGACCUCUACUAUUAUAGCUGUUCGGGUCGCGAAAUACUCAUGACCAUCGAUAACCGAUCAUAUAAUGAUCAGGCAACGGGUAUGUUGGAACGGCAAAUGUCUACAACAGAGACCACUUCGCUGUCGGGUAAACCCAAAGAUGAUAAGGAGGAAAUUAAGGAGGAAUUGGCCGUGAAUACGCCGUUACAGAAAUUGAUUCACACCAAAUGGGAAGAGGCCCAGGUGCGUUUUCAUGCCCAACCAUCGACAUUGAGCUAUUUGUUUAGCACUCAACAGUAGAGGAGUGGAGCGGAUGUGGCAAAUUGAUGGAGAGAAGAAGUGAGAGAGAGAGAGAGAGGAGUACAUUAUAUUAAUGCUUUAUUUGCUUUGAGCUUUUUUUAGGCGGGAUCAACCAAAGACUAGAUUUUCAUUACUUUAUAAAAAUCAAAAGAACAAUAUUCUCAGAAUAAAUCCUAUGCUUCAAAAGCACUAAAUA